AUGGUCGUGCGAUCCAUUCGGAAUCCUGUCCUGGCAGACCACGCAAGUCUGCGAGCGGACGGACGCACAAUCCCGAGUGUUUUGACCCCCCAUUUGGAUUCAUCUCUUGCACUUAUUCGCAAGACCUGUACCACGACCUCCACCACCUCCACGGCCAUGAGGCAGAAGCAGAUGGCACACGAGCAGUCCGCCGUUGACCAUGACCUCGUGUAUAUGCAGAGUCUCGGGUGCUGUUGCAGUUUGAGCCUGUUCUUUUCGUCCACACUGCAGCUACCGGAAUUGGAACAAUGUGCCGCUGGUCGAUCAAUACGAGGGUCAUUGACUCGCCGCCACCACCACAACCACCACCACCUCCUCUGCCUUUGA